AUUGAGCGUUUGGGCGCGAGCGCGGAGCGUUGGGUUCGGAGCCGUCCGCUGCGACCGCACACACAUCGCGCACCAAAUAAACAUCUUCCAGCAGCUUGAUUAAGCACUCUUCACUGCGACUAUGGAUCUGAUAUCGAGCCCCCUGCGACCUUUGUUUCCCAAUCAACUCACUAAGGUGAAGAAAGGAGCUAAUGAUCAAAAAUUGUCGGUUGAAAGAGUAUACCAGAAGAAGACACAGUUGGAGCAUAUUUUGCUCCGUCCUGACAGUUAUAUUGGCUCUGUGGAACCUGUUACACAGCAAAUGUGGGUGUACGAUGAAGAAAUUGGAUUAAAUUGCAGAGAUGUAGCUUUUGUUCCUGGUUUGUACAAGAUAUUUGAUGAAAUUCUAGUGAAUGCAGCUGAUAACAAGCAGAGAGACAAAAACAUGUCCUGCAUCAAAGUCAACAUUGACCCUGAAAACAACACAAUUACUGUAUGGAAUAAUGGAAAGGGGAUUCCUGUUGUGGAGCAUAAAGUGGAGAAGGUUUUUGUUCCUCAUCUCAUUUUUUGGGCAGCUUUUGGGCAGCUGAAGAAACAAACUUAUAAUGAUGAACAGAAGAAAUUACUGGGUGGUCGAAAUGGAUAUGGUGCAAAACUAUGCAACAUUUUCAGUACAAAGUUUACUGUGGAAACAGCUUGUAGGGAAUAUAAGAAAUGUUUCAAACAGACCUGGAAGGACAAUAUGGGAUAUGCACAAGAAGCUAAAAUCAAAUACUUUGAUGGUGAUGACUACACUUGUAUCACUUUUCAACCUGAUCUCCCAAAAUUCAAAAUGCAGUCUCUUGAUAAGGACAUUGUGGCAAUUAUGUCAAGAAGAGCAUAUGAUAUUGCUGGCACAUGCAAAGGAGUGAAAGUUUUUCUAAAUGGCAAGAAGUUACCUGUUUCUGGAUUCCGUAGUUAUGUGGAUCUUUACUUGAGUGGCAAAGUGGAUGAAACAGGUAGCCCACUCAAGAUAAUCCAUGAAGUUGCUAACAAUCGGUGGGAAAUCUGUGUGACGAUGAGUGAGAAAGGCUUCCAGCAGAUAAGCUUUGCAAAUAGCAUUGCUACCACAAAGGGUGGUCGGCAUGUUGACUAUAUUACUGACCAACUGGUUCACAAGUUAAUUGAGGUUGUCAAGAAAAAAAACAAAGGAGGCGUGGCUAUAAAACCAUUUCAGGUGAAGAAUCAUCUUUGGGUCUUUGUGAAUAGUUUGAUCGAAAACCCAACAUUUGACUCCCAGACUAAAGAGAACAUGACCCUUCAAGCAAAGAGCUUUGGCUCAACAUGUGUGUUGACUGAGAAGUUCAUCAAAGCGGCAAUGAACUGUGGUGUCAUUGAAAGCAUCAUGAAUUGGGUUCGGUUUAAGGCCCAGAAUAUGCUAAAUAAGAAAUGCUCAGGAGCGAAACAAACCAAGAUCAAGGGUAUUCCCAAGUUGGAUGAUGCUAACGAUGCUGGAACUAAGCAUUCUCAUGGUUGUACUCUCAUCCUAACUGAGGGUGAUUCAGCCAAGACCUUGGCUGUGUCUGGUCUGGGAGUGGUUGGACGAGAUAGAUAUGGCGUGUUUCCUCUUCGAGGAAAACUUCUCAAUGUACGAGAAGCAACUCACAAACAGAUAAUGGAAAACGUAGAGAUCAACAACAUGAUAAAGAUUCUUGGUCUGCAAUACAAGAAGAACUAUGAAGAUCAGGAAUCUCUGAAGACUCUCCGUUAUGGAAAAUUAAUGAUUAUGACGGAUCAGGAUCAAGAUGGUUCACAUAUCAAGGGCUUGUUGAUCAAUUUCAUCCAUCACAACUGGCCAUCACUGCUCAGACAUAAGUUUUUAGAGGAGUUUAUUACACCAAUUGUAAAGGUAUCCAAAAACAAGCAGGAAAUUGCAUUUUACAGUCUCCCUGAAUUUGAUGAAUGGAAAAAGAACACUGACAAUAACAAGACUUGGAAAACAAAGUACUACAAAGGUUUGGGUACGAGUACUGCCAAGGAAGCAAAGGAAUACUUCACUGAUAUGGAGAAGCAUCGUAUCCCCUUUAAAUAUAAUGGACCAGACGAUGAUGCUGCAAUUACCUUGGCAUUUAGCAGGAAAAAAAUUGAUGAACGUAAAGAAUGGCUGACUAACUUCAUGGUUAACAGACGACAGCGAAAAUUACAUGGAUUGCCAGAGCAAUACUUGUAUGGAAAAGAAACAAAACAUUUGACAUACAAUGAUUUCAUAAAUAAGGAGCUGGUGCUCUUCUCAAACGCUGACAAUGAGCGAUCAAUUCCAUCACUUGUGGAUGGCCUGAAACCUGGUCAGCGCAAAGUUUUAUUUACCUGCUUCAAGCGAAACGACAAACGUGAAGUCAAGGUUGCUCAGCUAGCUGGUUCUGUCGCUGAGAUGUCAGCCUAUCAUCAUGGUGAGAUAUCCCUCAUGAUGACAAUUAUUGGAUUAGCUCAGAACUUCAUAGGCAGCAAUAAUAUCAAUCUUCUGCAGCCAAUUGGUCAGUUUGGUACACGACUUAACGGUGGCAAAGAUGCUGCAAGCCCCCGAUAUAUUUUCACAAUGCUCAGCACUUUGUCUCGACUAUUGUACCCAGCAAUGGAUGAUAAUGUGCUGAAAUAUAUCUAUGAUGACAACCAACGAGUCGAGCCAGAGUGGUACAUUCCUAUUAUUCCUAUGGUGCUGGUGAAUGGUGCAGAUGGUAUUGGCACAGGAUGGGCUAGCAAAAUCCCCAACUAUGAUACAAGAGAAAUUGUUAAUAAUAUUAGGCGUUUGCUGGAUGGUGAUGAGCCUGUACCUAUGCUUCCUAAUUACAAGAACUUCAAAGGAACAAUUUUUGAGUUGGGUGCCAAUCAAUAUAUAAUUAAUGGUGAAAUCUCAGUGCUGAAUGCCACCACGGUAGAAAUUUCAGAGCUACCCAUCAAGACCUGGACUCAGGCAUACAAAGAACAGGUACUAGAACCAAUGAUGAAUGGAACCGAGAAGACUCCGCCACUGAUCACCGAUUAUAAAGAGUAUCACACCGAUACCACUGUGCGCUUCACAGUAACACUGACUGAACAAAAACUGGCUGAAGCAGAAGCAGCAGGACUGCAUAAAGUCUUCAAAUUAUAUGUCCCUCUUACAUGCAACUCAAUGGUGUUGUUUGAUCAUGUUGGCUGCCUGAAAAAGUAUGAUACUGUGCAAGAAAUACUGAAAGAUUUCUUCGAAUUAAGAUUGAAAUAUUAUGCUUUAAGAAAGGAUUGGCUUGAGGGAUUUCUGGGAGCAGAAUAUGGAAAACUAAGCAAUCAGGCUCGCUUCAUUUUGGAGAAGAUUGAAGGCACACUGGUCAUUGAAAACAAACCAAAACGGGAGCUGAUACAAUUAUUGUUCGAUCGAGGUUACGAUUCGGAUCCUGUGAAAUGUUGGAAAGAAUCUCAGGGAAAGGAUCCAGAACCUGAGCUGGGGGAUACUGAGGAGGAAGAAGAAGCAACUGUGUCUUCUGGGUCAGAUUUCAACUAUCUUUUGAAUAUGCCCAUGUGGUACCUGACCAAAGAAAAGAAAGAUGAACUGCUUAAGCAGAGAGAUGUUAAAGAAAUUGAAUUAAAAGACAUAACAAAGAAAACCCCUUCAGACUUGUGGAAGAAUGACUUGGCAGCUUUUAUUGUGGAGCUUGAGCGUGUGGAAAUGGAAGAAAAAGAAAAUGAGGUGGCUCACAUUGGUAAGGCUCUUAAAGGAAAAGCUGGUAAGGGUAAAGCAAAGAGGCUGCAUUUAGAAGAAACCAUGCCUACCCCCCAGGGCAGAAGGAUUGUUCCCAGAGUUACUACUGCCAUGAAGGUAGAUGCCGGCAAAAAAAUUAUCAAGAAAAGAGGAAAGGAUGACGCAGAUUCUCUUGUUGUUAAGAUGGAACUUGAUGAUAAAGACGAAAAUUCUCUCGAACGCGUAAGCCUUGCAGAACGACUCACCAAAAAAGCAGAACCAGGGCACAAGACUAAGAAAGCGCCACAGAAACAGACUACACUUCAGUUUAAACCUCUUGACAAAAAGAAAAGGAACCCUUGGUCUGAUUCCGAAUCAGAAUCGGGCAGUGAUGUGGAAGUUGUUGAUCUUCCUCCCAGAGAUAAACCACAAAGGACAACAGUUUCAAAGGCCAAAUAUGUGCUCUCGUCCUCUGAAGAUGAUGAUGGUGGAAUAAGAUCUGAGAGCGAUGAUGAAUUUCUUAUUUCUGACAGUGAUUCGCAGUUUUCGGCUCCUAAAGCAAAGCGUCCUGCAAAGAAAGUUCAGUCAAAAGCCUCAGUGAAAACUGUACGCUCUGCAAGUGAUGUUUUACAAUCUACAAAGUCAUCUUCCAAAGCAUCUGGCGAAAGCAUUCAGAACGAUUCACUUCAAACAGUUGAUGAUUUGCAGUCUUCUGGUUCAGUGACACCUCCGCAGAAUGAUUUAGCAGGUGAAAAUGAAGUGGAUGGUGAACCUGAACCUUGCGUAAGCCAGUCCAACAUCACCAAACCAGCAGCCAAGAAACAAGUAGCGAAACCACUUGGAGAAAAACCUGCACCAAAAAAACGUGCCCUUGGUAAAAAGCCCACUGCCGCUUCAAAAAAAGUAUCAAAGGCCAAAUAUGUGUUCUCGUCCUCUGAAGAUGAUGAUGGUGGAAUAAGUUCUGAGAGCGAUGAUGAAUUUCAUAUUUCUGACAGUGAUUCUGAGUUUUCGGCUCCAAAAGCAAAGCCUCCUGCAAAGAAAGUUCAGUCAAAAGCCUCAGUGAAAACUGUACGCUCUGCAAGUGAAGUUUUACAAUCUACAAAGUCAUCUUCCAAACCAUCUGGAGAAAGCAUUCAGAAUGGUUCACUUCAAACAGUUGAUGAAUUGCAGUCUUCUGGUUCUGUUAAUGAACCUGCUGCAGUGAUACCUCAACAGAAUGAUUUAACAGGUGAAAAUGAAAUGGAAGAUGAACCUGAAGCUUGCGUAAGCCAGUCCAACAUCACCAAACCAAUAGCCAAGAAACAAGUGGCAAAACCGCUUGGAGAAAAACCUGCACCAAAAAAACGUGCUCUUGUCAAAAAGCCCACUGCCGCUUCAAAAAAAGAUGAGAAACAGCCUUCCAUCUUUGAUGCUCUUUCCAAAAAAACAAAUGCUCCAAAAACUUCUAAGUUGCCUGUCAGUAAAAAAAUCAACGUAUCCUCCGAUGAAGACUGUCUUCCAAAGAAAGCUGCAACUGCUAAGGCUAAAAUAUCUAAAAGGAAGAAGAUACUUGACUCGGAUUCCGAAGAUGACUUUGGAACCGUACCUGUAAAAUCCACUGCCGUCAAAAAAUCCAAGAUACAGGACGAUGACAGUUUCCAUAUUGAUAAUGCUGAAGACUCCAACUUCACCGAUUUGCACAUUGCACCCAGAGCAGGCCGUGCAAAAAAGCCUGUCAAGUACCUGGAGGACUCUGAUGAUGAUGAUGAUGAUGAUGAUAUGUUUUAAAAUAUCUGGAUUUAAUAUAUCUAGACACUGCUAACUUAAUUCCAAACUUUGUAAGCCAUGAAGCUCAGAUUCAGUACUGUCACAAUAUUACUAUGUCACCAAUGUCUUGGUUGGUGGGUGGGUGGGCAACUCACCUACUCUUGAUCACUGCUGAAGGGGAAAGUGUGUGUGGUAAAGUUUGGAUGUUUUUAAAUGACUGAUAGACUGAAAAUAAGCAUGAAAUCAUAUCAACAUUAGUUGCCCCCUUCAGAAGAAUGGGGCUAACCACUGUUGAGAGGUUAUUUGGUAAUUUUAAUUUGUCUGUUGUAAAUAUUUCCUGAUUGCUUACUCUUACACUCUAACCUGUCUUCUGGCACUUUUAAAAAAGUUUCCUAAAUAAAAUUUGAAAAAUGUUGUUCGUUCUUUCAGUAGAAAUGUACUUUUAGCACAAAAUAAACACAAUUCUCAUAA